GAUUCCAUACAUCCAGAAAAGUUCAUGUUUGAGCAGUAAAAGACUUUACAAGUCGAGUACUUUUCCCAAAGUGCACCACAUCUCAGGAGCAUUUCUGUAUGAAGAAAAUAUUUGAGGUGGACCAGGAUAAAACUCAUUGAUUGCAUGUCCUGCUGUGAGGAUGGUUAAAGCUGAGGGUCCUACACAGCUGGUAAGGUCCACGUCAACAGAUGUUAUCCAUGUUCUUUGACUGAAAGUUCUGCUGAAACUCAGAACCUGAUCAAUGAUCCUGACAUCAGAGAUGCUGGUCUGCAGCUCAAGUUCUCUUUGGAUCUUACUGAUCAUUAGGUCUGCAUGAUGGGCGGAGCCUGUUGCCUGAAUGACCUAUCAGCUGCCUCCCUGAUCAGAUCAGCUUCAUGUUCGACUGAUUUAGCUCCACAUGAUGGUUCCUCCUCCAUCUCCUGUUCCCAAGCCUCAGGUUCACAAAACAAAGAGCUCCCCCUGCUCCCUGGACAGAGACCCCCCUGAUGAAAACCUGCAGCUGAGUUUCCCCAGAAUGAGUCACCUGUGCACAGAUAAAGAUGCCCCUCCUCUUUCCUCACCAAUUGGGUCAAUGCGGGACACCUUCCCAACUUUAAGUGGGAUCACAGACAUCAUCGCCACCAACAUCCCGUCUCUGGCAGGAGUCGCUACAGGAAUCAGAAGUUCCACCCACCCAGCCUCCCCAGCCCUGCUAUCCAAAGAGAGUCUAGCUGACAGCAUUUCUAGAGCCAUACCUGGUUUAGAUGAAGCUGCUAACGCUGUGGCUAACCCUAUCCCUUUAAGCUCCGCCCCCUCCAAACCUGCUGCAACCACCUCAAGUUCUCCAAGCUUAGAAAGCAUUAUGACCUCACUGAGUAACAUGACUAGCUUCGCUGAGUUUGUCAGCAGUAUUCCUAAUCCAACGGCCCCACCCCUUUCACCUGAGCCACACCCACCACUGGAAAGGAUUGGAUCAGGAGGCAGUAGCGCAGAUGUAAGAGCUCUGUCACAGCUGGUCAAGGCAUGUUUGGACCCAACUGCAGGAGUCAAGUUUCCACCUGCAGAGGGUGCUGAAAAUUCUGCUGAGGAAAUUCAGUCUCCAUCCUCUCUAUCCACUAAAGAAGAAGAUCCAUAUGUCACAGUGUUGGCAUGUUGGACCAACCAGGAAGAAGCUGAAUCAGAGUCGUCCAAUGAGGAGGAGGAUACAGGCGUUGGCCCCGCUCCCACUGUUUCUGAACAAUCAGUGGAUAAAAAUCCUGGUUCUCACCCAGUUACCCCCAGAGUUACGUUCAACCAAUCAGAACCUUUGAUUCCAGCUCGCCCAGCUCCGCCCCCUCCAAACAAAAAGACCAAACCAGUGAAGCAGCGGACUCCCAGGGCGGCCACCAUCAGAGUCUCCAGGAAGAAGGGGGGCAGCGGUGGGUCGGCUCCUCAGAGUGCAGUGGUCCGAGCCAGCUGGCUGGAUGUCUGGAAGGGCUUCAGAUACAGCGUGCUGUGGGUGACGUUGGACGGCCAGCUGAUGUCCCUGCGUAAGAAGCGCUCAGACCAGUUCAGCGAGGUGUUGUUCCAUGUUUCCAGCAUCACCAACGUGAAGCCUCAGGACAAAGGACGCUUCUCUGUCUACUUCAGGAAGAAACGUUAUGACUUCAUGGCUCAUAGUAACGAGGUUCAGGAAGGCUGGGUCACAUCAUUGUUAGCAACUCGUGGCCUGCAAAGCCCCGCCCCCUCUGACCUACAUGGACAAUUAACCAUCAAAGACACUCGGAGCCGCACCUACGCCGCUGUCUGGGGUCACGACCUUUGGAUUUACACCAACAAAGAGACCUUCCAGUUGGGCAUCGCCUCCUUUUCUGUUCCCCUGAACUUGGCCACGGUGAAACCAAUAGGAAAGCACUCUUUUGCCCUUCUCACUCCCUACAAGACCUUCAACCUGUCUGUUGAUUCGUCAAAGGACCUAUCCCUCUGGCUGGAAAGCCUGACCUCAACCAUCCACAGUGCUGUGUCCUGCAGCCAGGUGGCGCUGCGUCUCUGGGAGAACCCCUACAACAAGGUGUGUGGUGACUGUGGGGCAGCCAAUCCUGAAUGGGCUUCUGUCAAUCUGCUUCUGGUCAUCUGCGACAGCUGUGCAGUUCAGCAUCGUGUUUUAGACAGCAACCUGUCAAAGGUACGCAGUCUGAGGAUGGACAACAAGGCCUGGACUGAACCAUUAAUCCAGCUUUUUGUUACCUACGGCAACUGGCUGGCCAAUCAGGUGUGGGCUCCAGCUGUGCCAGCAGUGGAACAGCUGCAUCCAGAGUCGACAGAAGAAGAGAGGUCAACAUUUAUUCAGAAUAAAUACAGCAGGGGGCGCUACAGACGAAUCCAUGCCCUGGCGUCUAGCCGCUUCAUGAUGAACCAGAGGCUGUAUCAGGUGGUUGUCACUGACAACGUGAAGGAAACAAUGUGUCUGAUCUGCUCGGGAGCAAAGGUGUCCUCGUCUGACCCACAGAGACACUCCCCCAUCCUGCUGGCUGAAAAAGCCAAUCAGGCUCUGCAGACUGAACUGCUGCGCCUGAACGAGUACACAGAGGUGCCACCUCACCAGCCUCAGUCAGCCAAUAGAAAACUGGAUUCUACGCUUUCAGGCCAGGAGGACGAGGAGCUUCAUGGUAAACUGGAGGAAGAUCGUUUUUUCUUCUCAUUAGAAAAUGAAUCUGCAGCCUGUGACGUCCUUGACCUGCGAGAAGUUCUGUCUGUUUUCCUGAAAGAUGGGCCGGCUCAUCAGUUUGAGUUGGUGACACUGAAUGAUCAUCUGAUCUGUGAUGCUGACAACAGGGAAGCACUGCAGACUCACUUGGUUCAUAUUCUAAAGGUCAUUCUACCAGGAGGUGUGUCCUAUGCUGAGGUGGGUGGUGCCUCUGCUGUCAGCAAGGUGUGUAUUGUUGAUGUGGGUGGGACUUCAAAUCAGUCUGAUGCCUGGGUGUUACUGUGGGAGGAUGGAGUCAGCAUCCAUCCCAUAAAGAGACACUCACAACAGGUUCUGAGAUUCGACCUGAGCAUGCUCAGUCAACAAGAAAUAGGUUUAUGCGAAGAUAUCAUCACCUUGGUAACCGUAGAAAGGAGUAUAACCUUACGUUUUGAGGAACACCAAUGCUGUGAGACCUGGUUCAAACACCUGCAGAAAGCUUUGGUCAAUCAAGACUCAGCUUGUAACCGACCACCAGGAGCCAAUCGGAGUCCAGCUUGUCUGGGUCUGCACUCAGUAAUUGAUGCAGGGAUUAAAGGUUCGGUUUCCCCAGCCAUUGAGCGGUGCAUCUCCCACAUCAUGACCUAUGGUCUGAAGGUGGAGGGCAUGUACCGGCGCUGCGGCCUCGCUUCCAGAGUCAAAGAGCUGGUAAAGGUUCUGAUCACGUCACCAAAUGCCGCCCCUCUGGAGGCAGAUGAGCAGGGCGUUUUGGAUGUUGGCUCCGCCCUCAAGCAGUACAUCCGCGACCAUCAGAGUCUGAUCCCUGAAGGAGAACAGCAGCAGUGGCUGCAGGCUGCAGUGAUUUCAGAGGAACGCAGCAGGUUUAAAGAGUACAGACGGUUACUACGGCAACUACCUGCUGACAACAGAGCCACACUCAACGUGUUGUUUGGACACUUUUACAUGGUCCAAGUGUUCUCUCAGUUCAACAAGAUGUCAGCCCAUAACCUGGCUGUGGUUCUGGCUCCGUCAAUAUUCCACACCAUGAACCAGGAGAUGAUCACACUCACAAGAGACUUCAUCAUUCACCACACGCUACUCUUUCUGACACCAUACAGCAAGGAAGAAGAAAAAGAAGAGGAUGACGAAGAAGAGCAGAUCACCAUCCUCUAAUGAAGUCUUUUCUGUGUUUUUACAUUUUAAAAGUCUGGAUAUUUUACUGAUCAUCAGACUCUUUUAUAUGUAUUUAAACCAAAUGAUUUGUUCACAGUUCAUGUCCCUGCCUUUUUGGUGUUGGUUCUGAUCCAAACUGAAAUAAUCAUACUGAAUCAAAAAAUAAAAGUCUUCUUGGAGACAUUCUGCA